AUGGCAACAAAGGUGUUUGGCAUAUUUGACAAGGGCCAAAAAAUCAAGGGAACUGUGGUGUUGAUGCCCAAAAAUGUUUUGGACUUCAACGCCAUAACGUCUAUCGGUACAGGCAAUAUCUUAGACGCUGCCGGAAAUUUAGUCAGUGGUCUCACCAGCAUUGUUGAUGGAGCUAUUGACACCGCCACCGCCUUCUUAGGCCGUAACGUCUCUAUGCAGCUGAUCAGUGCUACCAAAACUGAUGCAAGUGGAAAGGGAUUAGUUGGAAAGGAAACGUUUUUGAGCAAACAUCUUCCUCAGUUACCAACGUUGGGAGCAAGACAAGAUGCAUUCAGUAUAUUUUUUGAAUAUGAUGCAAAUUUUGGAAUCCCUGGAGCAUUUUACAUAAGAAACUACACAUCUGCUGAGUUCUUCCUUGUCAGUGUGACUCUUGAAGAUAUUCCUAAUCGUGGAUCUGUUCAGUUUGUUUGUAACUCAUGGAUUUACAAUUUCAAAAGCUACAAUAAGGACAGGAUCUUCUUCACCAAUGAUACGUAUCUUCCAAGUCAAACACCGACUCCAUUAAAACAAUUUAGAGAAGAAGAGUUGCAAAAUCUAAGAGGAGAUGGAUCAGGAGAACGCAAGGAAUAUGAUAGGAUAUAUGAUUAUGAUGUUUAUAAUGAUCUUGGAAAUCCAGAUGGUGGUGACAAACUUGCCCGUCCAGUUCUUGGGGGGUCUAGCACUUAUCCAUACCCUCGGAGAGUUAGAAGUGGAAGAAAACCGACUAGAAAAGAUCCUAAGAGUGAGAAACCGGGUGCAAUUUAUGUUCCAAGAGAUGAAAAUUUUGGCCACUUGAAAUCAUCAGACUUUCUUAUGUUUGGAAUAAAAUCAUUAUCUCAUGAUGUCUUGCCUUUGUUUCAAUCUGUAAUUUUUGACCUUAAUUUCACACCAAAUGAGUUUGAUAGCUUUGAUGAAGUGCGUGGACUUCAUGAAGGUGGAAUUAAGCUUCCGACCGACAUAAUUAGCAAAAUUAGCCCUUUACCCGCCCUUAAGGAAAUCUUCCGCACUGAUGGUGAACAAGUUCUCAAGUUUCCACCACCUCAUGUAAUCAAAGUUAGUAAAUCUGCAUGGAUGACUGAUGAAGAAUUUGGAAGAGAGAUGAUUGCUGGUGUAAACCCUUGUGUGAUUCGUCUUCUUCAAGAGUUCCCGCCAAAAAGCACACUCGAUGCCACCAUCUAUGGUGAUCAAUCUAGUACAAUAACAAAAGAACACUUAGAAACCAACCUUGGUGGACUCACCGUAGAAGAGGCACUUAAUGGAAAGAGAUUAUUCCUCCUAGAUUACCAUGAUGCAUUCAUGCCAUAUUUGGAGAGAAUAAACAUUAUUGCAAAGGCUUAUGCUACUAGAACAAUCUUGUUCUUGAAAGAUGAUGGGACUUUAAAGCCAUUAGCCAUUGAAUUAAGUUUGCCACACUCAAAUGGGAUCCAAUAUGGUGCUGAAAGCAAAGUAUUCUUGCCUGCAGAAGAAGGUGUUGAAAGUACAAUUUGGCUAUUAGCCAAAGCUCAUGUAGUUGUAAAUGACUCAAGCUAUCAUCAACUUAUGAGUCAUUGGUUGAAUACUCACGCAGUUAUGGAACCAUUCAUCAUAGCAACAAAUAGACAUCUAAGUGUGCUUCACCCAAUUAAUAAACUUCUAUAUCCCCAUUACCGCGAUACAAUAAAUAUCAAUGGACUUGCUCGACAAUCUCUAAUCAAUGCUGGUGGGAUCAUAGAACAAUCAUUUUUGCCAGGACCAAAUUCCAUUGAGAUUUCUUCAACGGUUUACAAGAAUUGGGUUUUCACUGAUCAAGCAUUACCGGCCGAUCUUAUCAAGAGAGGAUUAGCUGUUGAGGAUUCUUCUUCUCCACACGGCCUUCGUCUGGUGAUAGAGGACUAUCCUUAUGCUGUUGAUGGAUUAGAAAUUUGGGAUGCUAUUAGAGAAUGGGUCCAAGACUAUGUCUCCUUAUAUUAUCCAACAAAUGAUAGUGUUGAAAAAGACACCGAGUUGCAAGCUUGGUGGAAAGAAGCUGUAGAAAAGGGUCAUGGUGACUUGAAAGACAAGCCAUGGUGGCCUAAGAUGCAAACUAUUCAAGACUUGGUUCAAUCUUGCUCCAUUAUAGUAUGGACUGCUUCUGCUCUUCAUGCAGCUGUUAACUUCGGACAAUAUCCUUAUGGAGGAUAUAUCCUAAACCGUCCAACACUUAGUAGAAGAUUUAUACCAGAGAAAGGAACCCCAGAAUACGACGAGAUGGUGAAAAGUCCUCAAAAGGCAUAUUUGAGAACAAUUACUCCGAAAUACCAAACCCUUGUUGAUCUUUCUGUGAUUGAGAUUUUGUCAAGACAUGCUUCUGAUGAGGUGUACCUUGGAGAGAGGGAUAACAAGUAUUGGACAUCUGAUUCAAGGGCAGUACAAGCCUUCACAAAGUUUGGAACCAAACUAACUGAAAUUGAAGGGAAAAUACAUAGCAGGAACAAUGAGCCUGGUUUGAGAAACCGCUAUGGCCCAGUGCAAUUGCCCUAUGGUUUGUUGCUUCGUUCAAGUGAAGAAGGUUUAACUUUUAGAGGAAUUCCCAACAGUGUCUCUAUUUAA